UGUUUUAUGUUUAUAGCAGUAGUAGUUUUUGGGCUUGUCAUUGUAUUGUCGCCCUAGACUUGGAUCCAACUUUCAAGGCGCUGUCUGGGCAAAAACGGUGCGUUUCCUAUGAAACUUCGAAGUUUAGACAGAAUAAUAACACAGCAUUUGGCAAUCGAACCCCAUUUCGAAAUUCGGUGCUGUAUGUUCUAUCCCAAUCGUCCACUGCAACUUGCACACCAACCGCUUGAUAAAAUCCUUGAAAGAACAAGGGGAAGCAUUCGGACUACUAAUUGUCCUUGAUAAUAGCCACUGCUAUCUGACAUUGAUCCUUAACCAUUAUGCAACGCAUAUCAUCAGGACUCUUAAGAAACUUAUCAUGCUCAAUUCUUUCCGCUAACGCAUUAAAGCACCGUACUUUCACUGCUUGCUCGGUGAACCGAAUUCUACGUAAUUUCCGUCAACAAGAACCCACUGUUCCAGGCCAUUUUCUCAAAUGGGUUUCGCUUGGUUUUGUCAGAACAUCAAGGUUUGCCACUGGAUUCACUCCUUUGCAGCCAAAGCCACUUGAUUCCAUAAUAGAUAUGGAACGGGCCAAGGAAAAGUCUCCUGAGGAUCUCGCUUCCAUUUGGGACGAUUAUCACUUGGGAAGAGGUCAUAUUGGUGCAACCAUGAAAUCCAAACUUUAUCAUUUGUUGGUGCAAAGAGCAGCAGAUUGUCGAUAUUUUGUUAUUCCUCUAUGGAGAGGAAGUGGUUAUACAACAAUGUUUGCUCAAGUACAGAUGCCACACAUACUUUUCACUGGUCUUGAAGAUUACAAGGCAAGAGGAACUCAGGCAGCACCCUACUUUACUGCCUCUUUCUAUACUGAAUUUGCAGAAAGCAAAGACUUAGUCCUGAUCCGAGGAGAUGUUGUUUUCACCAGCAAGCUUACUGAUGAAGAGGCAAAGUGGCUUUUAGAAACUGCUCAAUCUUUUUAUUUGAAUGAUGCAAGGUACAAGCUCGUUGAACGGUUCAACAAAGAAACACGUGAUUUCGAAUUCAAGGACGUCUUGCGAGCACUGGAUAUGCCCAUUCUGUGACUUUCUUAACUGAUGCACCUUUUUCUUCUGGGAUGGAAGUAGUUGCUUUUGAAAUUCUUUCCCUGUGGGAAGAUUUUUCUUGGUUCGUGCAUCCAAUAAUCGUGCUUAAACACGUAUGCAAGUGGAAUAAAGAACAAACCAAAGUUAGAAUAUCAGAGAAAAGCAUUCAUGCAACAUAGUUUAUGAAGUUGCGAAUUCUAAAUUUACAUCGACAAUUGUGCUAAUUCCUUUUGUUAAUGCUAUUAGCUUUACAACAGAGUUCGGAUUUUUAAUUUCAAGGAGGGGCAUCUGCAAUCUGAGAUUAAGAAUUGAAUACAGAUGAGGUUUUUGGCUUUCUGCUGUUAUUGUGUAUCAUUCUUGACUAUGAAAAGUUGAAUAAACUGGAGUUCAUGAUCUAUAAUGGACAGUAUUUGCUUGGCACUGUUUCUGGUA